AUGGACGACAACGCAACAUGUCAUCGAACACUCGCUCUUCAGGAUUGUCUAGACAGCGAGGGUAUUCAACGCCUCGUAUGGUCAUCACGUUCUCCAGAUCUAAACCCCAUUGAAAAUGUUUGGGAUGCUUUGGGGAGGCAACUUGCUGGUCGAAACUAUCCUCCGACAAACAAGGACACCCUCAUCCGUGCACUAACAGAGGAAUGGGAUAAAUUGCCUCAACAGCUGCUGGAUAAUGUUGUGCAAAUGGAUUUAGAAAGAUGCCAUCCAACACAGCCCUUCCGAUGCCCUGGAGAGAAAACUAUCUGCAUUUCCAUUCAAUAUCUCUGCGAUGGUGCUCCCGAUUGCCCAGAUGGUUAUGAUGAAGACUUGAGACUAUGUACUGCAGCUAAGCGACCACCUGUUGAAGAGACAGCAAAUUUCCUGCAAGCUCUGUUAGCCAACCACGGACCCAACUUCUUGGAAAAGCUCUUUGGAAAGAAAGCCCGAGAUGCACUUGCUCCUUUAGGAGGUGUACCCAAAGUUGCUGUUGCUCUAUCAGAAAGUGAAACUUUGGAUGAUUUUGGAAAAGCUCUGCAUUUAAUGCGAUCAGAUUUGGAACACUUGAGGAAUGUUUUUAUGGCAGUCGAAACUGGAGACAUGAGCCUUCUGAAAUCCCUUGGAAUUCGUGACUCGGAGCUGGCGGACGUGAAAUUCUUUUUAGACAAGCUUGUCAGCACUGGGUUCAUGGAUUAAAAAUUCUUGAACCCAUUGCCUGUAAUGAAAGGGAGGAAAUAAAAAAGAAAAAGAUGUUAAAACAGAGACGGUACAGUUUCAUCGAAAUCGAAAAGAAAAACAUAUUUUAUUUCCUUCUUUUUUAUAAUCAAGUUAAAUUAUCGUCUGAAGUUAUGUAGCAUUUCCCCCUUUUUCCCCCAUUAUUAAUACGAUAACGAUAAAAUUAAUCUCCACUCACAAAUUUUAAAAGCAUAUAUCAAAAGAAUUAGUAUGUAUGCCAUCUAAUGAAAUAUUAAUUUAAUAACUUUUAAUAUUAUAAAAAUAUAUUAAAAAGUUGGUUUUACAAAUUUUAGAAUGUGUUGUUAUUGAUAGUUUGUUACAUUUGAAUUGACUAUGAAUUCUUUAUAAAUGCUUAAAUUGAUAUUUGCGUCUAUUAAUGUUGCAAGCUAAGAAUUUUUAAAUACUGCUUAGUAUCUCAAAUUGAGAGAAAUGUUUUGACAAAAAAAAAUUAUGGAACGUUGUAAUUCAAUUUGAUAAUUAUACAUUGUUCAUGUAGUAACAAUACUUAUAAUGGAAUUUUGUAGCCUCGGGGGUGAAAAUGCUACAUAACAAAAGAUUAUAAUAAAUAUAUAUAUCCGUAAUCAUGUAUAUGUCAUAUACAUAGACAUUAAAAUGUUGAUAUACCCUCAACUAAGGAGGAAAGAGCACAUUGUAAUACAUAAUUUUCCCAAAAUACAAAUGUACUAAAUAUAAUAAUUGAUUCUUUCUUUAAACUACAAUAGAACUGUUUAAACUUUAGUCAAACUUUUAUCUUCUUAGCUCAGAGGCAUGUGCGAAUACUCGAAUAUAAAAAUAAUUUUAUUGUGAAAGUAACAUAUCGUUUUUUAAAACGGUUAAAAUCGAAUAUAUUUUUAAAGUAAAAUUUCUGUUCUCCCUGCUUGACAAGGCACAGGAAUGAUACAUAUCAUCUAUUAUAUCUUACUUGAGGAAGAAAUAGCCAGCUAGGGUUACCAAAUUACUUAAAUAUUAAUUUAAGUAAUUUGAAAAAUUACUUAAGUAAUUAAGGGUAAUGAUUACAAAGUUGUGAAAAUGAAAGCGUAAAUUCGAUAUGCUCGAAAUUAUUUAAUUUGGCACCAUCAAUACGCAUACACUAGUUCUUCCCCUUAAUCUGUAAACUUGGGGCAAAUGUUCUGUAUAACAUUAUUAUAUAGUUCAAUAUUCUUAAUUUAAAUCAUCAUAAAACCAUUUGUUUCUAUUCACAAUUUAUAUCCUCAAAUUAUCGUUUGCUCAAUUUAUCGUUUCUAUCAUUACUCAUAUCCUUUUAAUAUCAUUUAUAAUCUUAAAAUAUCGUUUUCUAUUUAAUAUUUAUUUCCUCAUAAUAUUGUUUGCCAUUGGCAAUUUAUAUCGCUUUGAUAUUGAUGCACGUUUGAAGCAUUAGUUCUUCCCCUUAAUCUGUAAACUUGGGGCAUUUUAUUGUUGCAAAUGUCCUAUAUAACAUUAUUAUAUAGUUCAAUAUUCAUAAUUUAUAUCUUUAUUAGACCAUUUGUUUCUAUUCACAAUUUAUAUCCUCAUAUUAUCGUUUGCUAUUCAUUAUUCAUAUCCCCUUAAUAUCAUUUGCAAUUUACUAUUUAUAACCUUACAAUAUCGUUUUCUAUUUAAUAUUUAUAUCCUCAUAAUACCGUUUGCGAUUGAUGAUUUAUAUCGUUUUGAUAUUGAUUAUUAGUCAUAGCGUUAUAAAGUUUAUCUAAAACAAUUUUUUUUUUACUUCUAGUUAAAAUAAGAAUUCACGUUUUCACAUCAGAAAUCGAAGAUGACUGCAAAAUGUGCAUGAAGAGGCGAUUAAAAAGUAAUAUUCUAUAAAUUUACGUAACAAAUUUAAAAGUAAUUUUUAUUUGGUAAUCCUAGUAACCAUUGUCAAAUGCCACAUUUUGUAAACUUUUCUACGACGAUUUACGCACAAAACUCUAUUGACUACAGUAACUAACUUGCUGUUGUGAAAAAAAAGAAUUAUUCUUGCCAUAAUCAGCAAACGAAACUUUGAGUGCAGGUGUAUUGUGUGGUGUAGAGCGGCAAUUGUUCAAAUAUAUGCAUUUUUGUGUAUUUGUGAGUGCAAGGUCAUUAUAGAUAGAGUUGUGCAUGGGAAAUUACAUUUUGGAACAUAUAGUUUUCUAAGCGCAUGGUAAGGUAAGCGCCA